AUGGCAGCCCAUCAAAACCUGGCCUCAAAGAUCUUCUGUUUGUGCUGUAAAUGCUGUGAGGAUCCCAGUACCAUAGACGACUCCAAGAUCCCCAGUCAAACCCAAGAGCUUCAGCCGUUGAAGCAUGGUCUGCAGAAGGUUGAGCUUGACAGACAGAGUCUCAAGCACGAUAAUGCAGCGUCCCACACGACUUCGGGAAAAUCCCUGCUCCAUCCAGAAGAGAGCACCUCCUGCCUCGGCAGCAGUGAGUUUGAGGAUGUGAAUUCACAUGUUUCCAAAAGAGGAUUUCACAAGAGAAACCUUAGCCGCUACUCCCAGGACCGCUGGCCGUACCAACCAUGCCUCAUUGGGAGACCCUGA